GGGCUGGUGGGGCGUGUAUGGCUUGACUUUGUCAUUGCAAUCUGUAAAUGAAGACGUCUGAUACGACUACUGUUAGCUGAUUCUUGAAGUAUUGCAGUGGUUUUGUUUACAAUUCUUAUGCUGGUAAAGAAGAUAUUGUUGUGUAACAAUAAGCUCAUUCAUAACAUUACUGAUCGUGAUGCUGUCUCUUCCGACCCCUUCUACUGCACGAGGGAGAUGCGAGGGCUGAGACUGUUCAAUGCCAAGCGGGGGGUCGGAGUCGUAACACCAAAGAGACAGCGGGAGAUGACGGACUGAGGUGGCUAGCUCAGUCGCAACUCGCGCUCCGUUGUAGAAGGUCGGUGGGCCGCCUCGCGCCUGGCACACGUGGCCCGCAGUGUGUUGGUUGAACUUCGGCCGCUCGGCGAGCAGAGCGACUCCCGCCGCCGACUUGCGCGCGCCACAACACAUGGGCUGCCGCUGCGUCCUCCACGAGGAAAAUAUCCAAUGAAUACUGAAACUACUGACUUUUCUCUAAAUACGUCGUAAAAAAAAAAAAAAAUACAGAUAAGUUGAAAAGAUCCUAAAUGCAACAUUGCACCUUUUUCUGUGCUGACACUUGCGACCGCCACAACAAAAACAUUAUAGGUAUUUAUAAGGGAGACCGGAACAAACUGUGAUGAGUCCUGUCACAUCGCCGCAGCGACGCCACUUCUCACACACCAUGAAGUGCCUCGCCAUCGUCGUCUUCGUCUGCCUGGCCUUCAUGUCCCCUGUAGCGUCAGAUCCCGAGACAGUGGAGGCAGACGACAUGCAGGGCACCACCACACACACCUCGGAGACUCACCAGCACCAGGAAGUGAACUCGACACGAAGGAAGCGCUCUGUGUUCCACCUGUACAACAUGGUCACCUGUGCCACCAGCUGCAACCCGCUGGUCUACAAGGGCUACGGGUGCUACUGCGGCUUCCUCGGCUCUGGGAUGGUGGUGGACGGCAUUGACAAGUGCUGCAAGGGCCACGACUGGUGUUACGAGCACUCCAGUUGCUUCGGCUUCGACCACUACCUCGCGCCCUACAGGUGGAAGUGCAACGGCGGGAACCCUUACUGCGUGGCGACGCGGGGACCUCUGGGCGGCGUGAACAGCUGCGGCCACCAACUGUGCGAGUGUGACCGGGAGUUCGUGGAGUGCCUGAAGCAACACCCGUGCCCCAAGACCAAGGCUAUUUGCAUGACGUCACCGUGGAGGUACUGGCAGAACCUCUUCAUGGGCUUGUCCACCGGGUCAGGGAUGCACCACGUCAGCCAGCACGCCUCACCAUACCCCUCACCAUCACCACCGUCACCAUCAUCAAAGGACACGUACUCAUCACCCUCACCAACACCAUCACCAUCAACAAAUGACACACACACUCCACCAACACCGUCACCGUCACCAAAAGACACAUACUCACUAUCAUCACCAUCACCAUCACCAUCACCAUCACCAGAAGACACAUACCCACCAUCAUCACCAUCACCAAAAGAUACAUACCACACGUCAGCCUUACCGUCACCACCAUCGCCACCACCAUCACAGGAGGAGGUAUACAUAACACCCUUACCAUCAUCAUCAUCAUCACCACCAUCACCACCAUCCUCACAAUCCCAGGAAAAGUCACCACCUCCACCCACACAACAAUCUCCAUACGACACUUCCCCACCAUCACCAUCAUUGUCACCACCAUCACCCUCACCAUCACCUCACGGCUUAUCACUGCACGGUAGCAAGGCCCAUCACUCUCAGCACAUCACUUUGGACAACACCCCGCACCACCACCAACACCCCAAUGAAGCGUUCUGAGCCUGUCCUAUACAACACACGUCCAAACAGCCUCGCAAGGGCCAUCAGGUCUACUGCUGUUUGUACUUCCCCCUUGUGACGCCCUUUGAAUACCCGGGUUCUCCCUCAGGCGUGGGCGAGGCCUUCCUCCUGGCGGCGAGUAUCUGUGAAGGACGCGGUGUGUCUGUCUAACCGGGACUGCAGUGAGAAGAGUGACUGACCCCCUCCACCUUCCCCUCCCAGCACCAGAACGCUUCAGAAUGUGUAGAUAUUAGAUAGUGUAGUAGAUGGCACCCUAGUUAGCCUACCUAGAUACUCCCUUCGUAGUAACAUGCCUCCCCUCUACUAUAGCCUUUGUAUAUAUUGUGGUGAAGGCUGUAGUGGUGCUUAAAAGAACACCUUCAGGUACCGCCACUCCGACCACCAGCCGCCUCCUGCAGUAGCUGAUCAGACGCAGGUCUCCUCCUCCCCUUCCUGGCCGUGCCAAGAAGCAGCCGCGGUGUGUGGGGUCAGGUACAGCAGUUGUAAGCUAUCAGUGUGUCAGUGUCUCAGUGUGGGUGUACAGUAUUGCUAGUAAGUAGUUGUAUGUACCACUUUAUGUAAAAAAAACACACAAAAAUAUUGCUCAUUUAUGUAGAGUAUUGAGAGUAAGUGUAGAGUAAGCAGAGAGGAAAGCAUUAUAGUUAUGCUUGUCAUGGAUCACUGAAAAGAGUGAGAGAUGCUCAGUGCGUCUGUUAGGUUAAGAAUUUGGCCAAGUUAAAUAAUUCUUUCGUGCUGCUUUAGAUGGAAACAUUUUAUUUACACACCAGAUACGAGUGCAGGUAUGUAAUACUACUGUAGUGCAUGAAAUAACAAAAACAAGAAAAAAAAACUAUGUAAAUAUAAAAAAAAAAUGAACAGGAGCAACUGCAAGACCAUGAAUUGAAGUCUUGUGGUCAUUGCUCAUCCUGCUUAAGAAAAAAAAAAAGUCUAAUCAACCUGUACAGUGAUGGCAGCGCUCCUUGUGUUGACAGCAGGCGGCGUGUGUAUAUCAUGUCAAUAAUGUGUCAUAUUAGUGAUGUGUUUCCUCUGCUGGUGGAGACACGUCGUGCACCUGUUGGCGGCGCCCUGCUGAGUAGCCUUAGUGAACACAGCGGCGGGGGCGUGACUCCUGCCGCACAGUGCCCUUGCUAACCCUCCUUGCCCUUGUCCCCAGGAAUAUUAUCUUCCUGGGUAAGAUGGGCCGCCACGCCUCUCUGGCCCUUCAGACCCUCCUGUAGGGCCCCUCGUCCCGCCCCGCCCUGCCCCUCCCUGUCAUGCCCUGUGCUACACAAAUGCUUGGGGCUUGCGUGGAUAAGGGGGAAGAACAGUGCUUAACAUCUGCCACACACAGCCACGCCUCAUCCUCAUCCACUACAUCACUGUCACCACCGCCGCUCAUCUGACCCUCGUGGUGCAGCAGGCGAGGGCUGGCUGGAUCGGGCGGAGGUCAGGUCACCACCACAGGAAGCUUGAUGCCCUCGCCCCAGCCGCCGCCACCCGCCAGUACAGUACAAAGUGUGGCUACUGACCGGUGCUGACUCAAAGGGAACCCUGUGACCUGGACUACAUAUCGGGUUGUACAAGUCACUGAAGUAAUGGUUAAGAUGUUAAGCCGCAUUCUGAAACGUCUCGGUGUCUAUUUAGGGUUCAUCUCGGCUGCUUUUAACAGUUACUAGUGGAAGGCAUAAGUGUUUUUAAGGGUGUUGACGUGAUUAAGGAUUGUUCAGCAAAUUAAUAGGGUUUCCAAGGGUUGUUUUCGUGAUUUUAGAGGCUAUUCAGUAAAUCUAUGGAGUUUUCAAGGGAGUUUUUGUGACUUUAUCGAUUGUUCAGCAAAUUAAUGGGGUUUUCAAGGGUACCUUCGUGACUAUUCAGUAAAUCAAUGUGGUAUUCAAGGAUGUUUUCGUGAUUUUAGAGACCAUUCAGUAAAUGGGAUUUUCAAGGGUGUUUUCGUGAUUCUAGUGAGUGUUCAACAAAGAUUCUGUACUCGGUGAAAAAAACCUACCAGUGAGAACAUGACUAAUGAACUCUGUAGCCUUUGAAAGUAGUCGUGAUGAAAGUUCGAAGCUUUACAAGAUACAACCCUUUGAAUGAAGGAAAACGGAACUCGACGAUAGUUUCUCUUCGUUAAGGUGUCCAGAUAUUUCUUACAGUGUUAGAAUGUUUUUAUAAUAGCUUCCGUUUUCCGGCUUUUGGAACUGAGAGGAAGUAUGGGCCGCGUGUCACGACUUGUUGGCUUCACUCUCAGUUCCGAUGCGUCAGGAUAGGGUCGUGACUCGACAUUCCGUCGUCUUACCUCUUACAUAUUACAACAGGCUCUAGUACAACGUUAUGGAGGUAUUCAAGGGUAUUUCCGUGAUUCUAGUGAUAGUUUAACAAGAGUUCUGUAUCCCCAUUAGGAAAAACACCAAUGAAAACCCAACGAAUAAUUUCUGCGUCCUUUGAAAACUCCUGACGAGAGAGCUAGGUGUUUAAGAAUAAGGGGCUUGGUGGGAGAGAGGAAGCCGCGAACUCACCCGCUCAUCCAACCAUUUAGUGAACUCAACCAAGUGCCAAGGAUGCAUUUAACGUGAGGAGAGGAGAGAGGAGAGCGUGCAGCAGUGAGAGAGGGACAGGGUCAACGUGGCAGUGGCGUAACCUUUAAGGCCAAACGGGGCGUGUAUGUAGGUAAGAGUAAUGUUAAGAGUGAAGGGAGCAAGGGUGUGCCACAGUGCCACAGCUGCGUGUAGUGAUGCUGGAGCGGUGCCAUGCCUCUACUCCGCCCGGCCCGCGUCCUCCACCCUAUUCUAAGGAUAUAAUUCUGUGCCGCACCUCUACUAUAUUCAAAAGUUUCUAGUUGAUUCCGUGUGACUUUUAGUUGAAGUGACACGGAAUUUUAAGAGUGUUUUUUAUGGUUCUAAUGGCAUAUUAGAAAAAUUUCUACAUUAUUAAUAGGAAAAAUACUCUUGAGAAGUCGGCUAAUAAGUUCUGUAGCCUUUGAAAACAGGUGUGGUGAGAAAAGAGCAAAGCGUUUCUUAUCCGGAGCUGUGUUGGUGGAGGCCGGGCGCUGAGCUGACGAGUAGAGCAGUGAUGUAUUCCUCCGCAGUGCUUGUCUUGUGCUGGCGAGCCUCUGAGCAAGGUGAGUGUGCCUGGUCGGACUCUCCAAGGGAUCACGGGCAUUAUAAGUUAUUACCCUGAGAGGCUACGUCGCCAUGCUGGGUCUGGGGUGUGGGGUUGUGGAAGGAGUAUACAGAGUGAACCAGUGUCGGAGCUUCGGAGCCUUGAGUGGAAGGUUUCUGGUAAGCGCUGGCGUGGACUUGCACCUCUCCGUUGUCUGUACAUAUCGCUGUAUCUUUGUACUAUAUGUAAUGAAACAUGAAUUGUACAACUUGUAUCCACUACCUUGUAAUUAUCAUGUACAUUACCGAGCCGUCUUUUGUAUAAAUCUCGACCUUACUCAUGAUACCUACAUCUCUCUGACUUAAGGAAAUAAAUACUUCCUUUUGUA